CUAGUAAUAUUUGUAAAAUAAUGUGAGCGAUAGUUUUUGAGAAUAAACCAAUUCUCAGUCAUUCUGCGCAUAUCAACUGUGAUUUAUUCUAGCACAUUUUGAAACCAAGAAUAAUGUGCAUACGCAUUUCAUGACGUUUCUAACGGCACGAACGCAUAAGUGGAUGGCAUUUUAGUGGAUGAAGUAUAUCAUAAAAUAUUGAAAUCUUUGUCUUUUAAACAUCAUUUUGAAAAGUUAUGGCAAGUACUGACAAAGAAAUAAAUAAUCCACAUUCAGACCUUGGUGAUUGUUCUUCUAAAACAGUAAAUGAAUCGAUAUUGUUACAACAGGAUGAGCAAUCUAACAGUAACAGAAAUUCUCGUUUGUCUACCUUAAGAAAAAGAUCAGUUAUAAAUAUCAAUAUGAAAGGGUCAUCAAAAGCCAGAAACAUAGAAGCUUUGCAUAGAUUGCUAUGUAAACCAUUGUCUAUAAAUGUUACCAGAUUAUCAAUGUUAGAAUUACAAAAAAUAUCAAAAGUACAACAUAAAAUACAGAACAAUGAAGAAAACAGAAGUCAGAUAGGGAUAAGAAACAGAAUAAAAGUUAAGAGAAAACAGGCUUAUGGUUGGAAACAUAUAAAAAAAUCUGCUAAACCCCAAUCUGUAUCAUCUUGUCAAACAAUAGUAUCCAAUAAUUCAGAUUUAGGCUCACAGGAUUCAGUAAAAAGUGUUAAACAACCACAUAUAAAAUUACGCAGAAUAGAUGAAGUAAUUCAUAAAAUAGCACAAACAUUUGCGAAAGUAAUCCCAAAUAAAGAGUGUAAUGCAAGGGCACACACAGAUCAAACAGAAAAAGUCCAUACUAUAGCAAAUAGAUCAAAGGAAGUAGUAUCAGAACCAUCAGACAUUGAUACAGAUGAACAUAUUCAAAGUAAUAAUUCUCCAAUUUCAACAUCUAGUCCAGAUAUAAAUGAAACUUUACAAUUAAAUGAUCAGUUCCAAAAUGAGAUAGAGGACUCUGACAGUACUGAAAUUAACAGAAAUGCAUGUAAUAGAAACUUUAAGAGAAAACGUAAAAUUCUGUUUGACUCUGAUGAUGAGUCUGAUAGUAAUACUAAUAACGUGAGUGGUAAUUCGCAAGAAAUUAGUUCAAGAAGUAUUAAAAUGUUAAAAUUACAUACACCAGAUAAGAAAACAGAAAAUUAUGUUGCUGACAAAGAACACAGUGAUUAUGAGGAGAAUACUAUUAACACAAAUUCAAGCAUUAUUAAUGUUUCAUACGAGAAUUUAAAUGUAACCGAAAAUGUAUCUCCAAAAUCACAUGAAAGUAGCAUUAGAAAAAGGAUAACACGGCAACAAAAUAAUGCUGCCACUUUUGUGCCUUCGGAUGUUAUAUGUGCUGAAGAAAGAAAUGAACUUCAAAUAUUAAAAUAUGAUAGUGUUGCAGGUGCAAAAGAGCAAACAUUAAGUAAUAAAGAAUCUCAAAGUCAAAUCAAGAAAUCACCUAUUUCACAUGAAAGUCUGAAAAUAAAAUAUAAUUUGCUUAAGAACUUAAGAGUUUAUUUGAUAGAGCUUGAUCACAUAAAACACUCUAGAGAUAACAAAUACUCAGCUUUAGAAAUAGAACAGUUAACAAGGAAAUAUAUGGAACUUUUAAAUAAUUCUGAAUUUGAGAGUGUGAAAUUAUCCUUAGUUACUGAAGAAAUGGAAGAUACACAAAACGAUGAAAUUUUAAACACAAAUGCUAGCAAGCUUGCAAAGAAUAUUGAAAUAAAACAGAAGAAAAGUUCAGAUAAUGUUGCCGAAGAAAUGUCUGAAUUGGAUACUUCUGCCCAUUCAGAGCAAUCAUCAACUCCAUUAGCUUGUAAGGAAUUUGUAUUGCCAUCUUCUCCAGUGAAAUCUAGCACUAGAAUUUCUAAAGCAUCCCGUGUGACUGAACAUGUCAUUAAGACAGAGAAGUUAAAAGAUAGACUGCAUAGUUCUAUGAUGAAAUCUCCUAAUGAAAAACAUUCUCCAAAUAAAGAAUCAUCAGAAACAUUAAUACGUAAAAGCAGUCCUAAGAAAUCAAGUAAGAAUAUGGAAUCUUUAGGAAGUAUACAAGCUGAUACGUGUGAAAUGAUAUUUUCUGAAAAACCUGUUGUAACUCAUAAUGAAAAAGUUCUUGUCUCUGGGAGAAAGACGUUUGUAACUAAAAUACAUGCAAAAACCGUGAAUAUCAUAAAUCCUAAAGUAAAUACGAAAAAAAAUAUUACAUCCUGCUCCUCAAUCAUUUCUCCAGUUAAGAAGAAACCUGUGGAGAAGAAAGAUAAUAAUAGUAAAAGUAUUAAUUACAAAUGUAUUGUCUGUGAUCUUCGCUUUGAAAAUUAUUCUGCUUUGCAACACCAUUUAACUACGCACACACAGAAGCAAAGUAAUGUUUUACCAAAUACAUCAAAAGAAUCUGCUGCAAUUCAAACUGAUAGUUCUGAGAAUAUCCAAGAAGCAUUACUUGAUUCUCCAGAAGCAACAGAAUCAGCAGAAUCGUCUAGACAAACACACAACACUAAAAGUAGUAAACAACAAAGUAAGGGUACUUCAACCCAAGACUUACCAUCUAAGAAGAGAAGUUAUUUUUCAAAACAACGAUCUAAGUUUAUGAAUAUGCUUUGUAAACCAACUGCUUGUGAUAUUUGUUCUAAAGUUUUUCCAACAGCAACUGAUUUAGCAGCUCAUAUUUUCUUGCAUACAGAAUAUGAAUUGCAGAAAGCUUAUGAACUUGCCAAACAUAAGAAAAGUAAUGUAAAUGAAGGAACAAAGAGUAAAAAACCUAAACAAACUAAAAAUACUAAAGAAUUUGACAAUGAAAGUAGGACAAGUCUUAUAGUUGAGAAGCCUGCAGAGGUUGUUAGCGAACAAGAAAAAUUAACAGCUGCAAUGGAUCACAAUGAAUCAUUAUCAACUGAAGAUUUGAAGGUAACACAUUCUGAAAAAUCAACAACAGCCACAACAACAUUAACAACAAUACCAAUUGCAACUGCAUCAUCAACAAUAUCAACAGUAACAGAACCAUCACUGCCAGUAAUAACAGCAAUAACAGCAGCAGCAACAACAACAACAAUAACAAUAGCAACACCAACAUCAGUUGUGAAUGAAACUGGUUCUGAAGGAUUACAAUCGCAUUCAACUGAAAGUAAAUCAGAAAAAAGAAAGACAAAGAAAUCCUUUAAAAUAUGUGAAUGUCAUGGUAAAUUAGAACCCGAUAACAAUUGCUUGCAAAUUGAAAUGGUUCUCCUUUGUCACACUUGUAAAGUGCUGUUUCGAAGCAUGGAAUGUUUUGAUACUCAUUAUGAUCUUCCUGAAUAUGAACUCUGCGGUAAAAAUCGUGGUAAUCGAAGCAGAACUCCAAAUAUAUUGUGUGCUGUGUGCGGUAUAAUAUUCAACUCUGUUCAAGAGGUACGACAUCAUUUAGAAAACCAUGCUCGCGUCAGGCAAAGUUGUACAUUGGAUUUUCGAUGUAAAAUUUGCAAAGUUGUGUUUAUUGGAAUUGGAGCUCAAUUUUACGUUCAUUGGUCAAAACAUUUACAAGAUCCUUAUUGGAAAGCUGAUGAAUCAGCAUUUCCAAUACAUUCAGUGGUAAAUGUACUAGACCAGAACAAAGAAACAGAAAAUUAUCUUCAAAUAGCAGAAUAUAUUUGUUCAAAAUGUAGAAUACCUUUUAUUACUGAAAGUGAUUUGAAAAGACAUCAUGUAAAAUGUAAGAUGUCCAAUUCAAAUACAAGUGGAACUAGUAGUAACAGUAAUACUAAUGUGGAGAAAUCUCUAGAAAUAGAAGUGAAUUGUAGUUUAUGCAAUGAUGUUUUUACUGAAAAAACAACAUUUUAUAAACAUGUCAGAAACAAACAUAAUUUCAUUAGUGAACCUCAGUUUGUUUGUGUGUCUCUUACAUUAAUCAAAACAGCAUACAUUUGCAAUAUUUGUAUGGAAAUAUCUGAAAGUAUAGACGACUUUGAAGAUCACUGGUUAAAACAUAGUACAGCUAUUGUAUACUUCACUUGUACAUAUUGUUCAAAAGCAUAUUGUGAUGGUUUAAAUGCUUUUUUAGAACAUGCUAGGAUACAUGAAGUUAAUGUGAAACAGUAUGUACUAUCUUGUACAGUGAAGUACGAAAAUGCCGAAUUUGUUUGUAAACAUUGUAAUGUUGGUUUUAAUUCCAAAAAAUCCUUUGAUGAACAUGAUGUUAUUCAUAAAAUAAAUAUAUUGAAUUCUCAGAAUAAUAAGGCUCAAGACCACGAAAUUUCUAUAUUAGAGUCAAAUAUAAACCAAAUUUCUAAUAUGUUGGAAAUAAAUAGAUUGAGCACUGAAAAACAACAGAAAGAUGCUCAAAAAGAAAGUCGUACAAAUCAGGCAAGUAAACAUACGAAUGGAAGUUGUUCAAUAGAAUCUGAUAAAGAUAAGGACAGAGAAAAAUUAAUCAGCAUAUUGGAGGGAAAUGAAGAUGAUUCAGAACAUGAAUUGAUAAUAGAUUGGAUAGAAAAACCAGAAGAGGAAAAUAAAUUACCAGAGGAAGGAAGAAAUAAAGAUAAACAAACUACACUGGAUAAUAUAUUAACUACACAUUCUAUUGUACAAAGUUCUACAGUUUCAAAAAAUAGUACAGCUAAUGCAUCCACAAGUCACGUAAUAGUACAUGAGUCUCCAAAAAGUAGUACAGCUUCUGAAAACAUUGUUUCAACAUCUUCUCAAACUGAAAAUCCAAAAGUAUCUACAGACGUUCCAGUUAAACCAGUGAUUCAAGAUACAAUUGAAAUUCCAAAAGAAUCACAAUGUUUAAAUGUCGAAAACGCUGACCAUGAUUAUGCUGGAAAUGUAACUAAAGAUCAAAAGGAGUCAACGACAUUAAAGAAAAAUAGUCCUCCAAAACCAAAACAAGGGUUCUUACGGGUAAAAUCUCUUGCAGAACUUACAAACAGUACAAAACCAGUACCAGAGCAUACUGAAAACGUUAAUCAACGUUUGCCAACUCAUCUUAUUUUCAUUCAAAAGAAUAAACCGAAUGAAAGUUCAAAACAACCUGGUUCUCUACCUUUUUCUGCAGUUCCUGCAAAACAAAUUACAGUUGCCACUGCAUCGAUAAUAAACGACCAACAGUUGAAGCAAGCACAAAUGCAUAUAAAUCAAAACAAUCAUGCAGCUGGUUUUGUACAGAGUUCAACAUCAGGGUAUCAUAAAAAUUUACCUGCUUGCAACAUUGCACGAACAACAACGAGUAUACCACGUUCUGCUACGAAAAGCGAUAAUGCAUCUACUAAGUCAGCAGCAGGUUGUUCUAACACACAAAAUCAACGAGCAGGAUACACAGCACCUACUUUUAUGGAUUCAUAUAUAACUUCCUUAAAUAAUACAAUGCAUUCAAAUCCACAAGUAACAAGACCAUCAAAUGCUAACUCAAAAUCUAAUAGGUAUAACAAUGCUGGUCACCAAAUACCAACCAGAAUUAACAACCAGAAUUCUAAACACUAUAAGCAUUCUCCACAAAUUAUUUCUUUCCAAUAUCCUUAUGGAAUUAGCAGCUCAAGUAACAGUACUGAACCUCAGCAAAAAAGUCAAGAGAUGGUGAUUAAUCCAGUAACAGGAGAAGCUUCUACCAUCUUUUACACAACUCCUAAUAAUUCCACAGGCGGUAUGUCAAUAGUAAUUAAUCAGACUACACCUGCUGUACAAAAUAUGCCCACAAUAAAUAUUUUGGGACAGGAACAGCAACAACUGUAUCAGCCACAAGUUUAUAGUGAACCUGCAAUGAUUGCGGACCAUUCAUAUGCACAAUCGAAUGCAACUAAUUUUUCUGCAACAAGCAAUGUUUAUCAGAUAGUAACUAGCGAAUAUCAAGUACCAGAAAGAGAAACUUUACCUACCUAUAAAGUUAAUUUACAAUCACCAAUAUUUAUUUGUUCUUAUUGUCCGGACGUUAGGUCUUUUCUGUCUGCUGAACAAUUAGAAAUGCAUAUGAAUAUAGAUCACAAUUUCAUAUGCAAUACUUGCGGUCAACGUUUGUACAGUUUUGAGAAGUUAAAUAUGCACAAAAUGAAACAUGGUUUUAUUUAAAGAACUUAUAUUUUUGAAUGAAGCAUAAGUGUCAUUUACAUUAAAUUAGAUCUAAAUGAAUAAUGUAUGUACAUAUUCGAACAGUUUUAUCAUGAAAUGCAUUUUUGCAUUAAAUUUCAUAUUGGACUUUCAUUGAAAAAUUUUUGCAGUAUGGAUUGCACUAUAAAAAAAUGUAUUAAAAGAUUCUGUUUUUAAUAUCAGUUGGAAUAUGUACUUCUUAUACAUUCAUAAUGACCAAGUUAUAUGUAUAAUAGGUUUCUGCUAGUAUUUUUAAGUGCAUUAUACAUGAGUUAAGAUAGCAUAAGAAAACUAAACUUCUACUACUAUAAUUAUUGUAUUUCAUUAUCAUAUUUCACUAUUUUUGAAGGUCGCAAAUCUCCCCAUUUUCAUCUUAAGAGUUCCAACUGUAGUUAAUAACAAAAUAUAGUAUUAUCUUUCAUCAUUUCAAUUGCAAGAACAUUAACACUAUAAAGAGAAGAAUAAUAAUCUAGAAGAAUCUCUACAAAGUGUAGAUGGUUGUAUUGCUUUCCUUUCAGUAAAUAUCAUGAAACGCUAUUUCCCUUUUAAUUUUAUGUAAAAAAUAUUUCUCAAAGAUAUUGUAUUGUAUUAAUGCUAUUGUUUUGAUACUCUUGAGUAUCAAAAAAGUAAAACAAGUUCAAGAUUUACAGGAUAAAUAGUGUUAACUCUUGUGAGUCAGAUUUUUGAUUCUGGUUAAAGUUCACUUAAAUUGAAUUAUAACAAAUAAAGAUAUAUUUUAUUAUACCUGCACUUUUAUAUCAACAAUUGAUAAUCUACAUGUCUUGUUUCUUUUUCUAUACAGGUUCAUUACAUAGGACCAUUCUACAGUGGUUGUUAAUGAUUCAUCUCUGCAGUUAUUGCUUAUGUAUCAAUUCACUGAUUACAGAAUGUGGGAGUAUUCAUCAAAUGAUGUCAGCUUAGUAUUCUAAUCAAGAAAUGGUAGGCAUGCAGAGUUUACAGUAUUAAAAUAAAAAAGUGUACGUAGAAGCUGUUAAUAAAUAUUUAACAUAUUGACUGCUAUGCCAUUCAUAUGUGGGUGAUGCUUGAAUUUACAUAUGAAUUCAUCACCUAUAUUAUUAGGAAUUUUUUUAUUUAGUUAAUUAGGAACAUUUGUGUUUGGUACAGCCAAGUUUUAAUACAUGGUAUAAUAUAUAAAUAAGAUAAAUGAAAUUCGUGUUAAGUAAUGCUUGAUUGCCAAAGAUCUGCUGCCAGCAAUCUAGUUUGAAAAAAUUAAAAAUUUCUAAAUUAAAAAAUUUCAGGUAUUGUGGAGAUAGUAGAUAAAAUUUAAUAAAACGUGAAUUUUACUAUAAUCUCAGUAUAGUAGUCAAUGUACAUAGUUAAGUAAGAAUAUAACAGUACAUACCUUUUACUGUGCAUCACACAAAAGGAUGCAGGAUUUUUCUAUAUCUGAUUUUCUGAGCUCAGCUCAUAAAAACGUAUCAAUGCCAUAAUCAGUGCUUUUUCGCUCAGUUUAGCAAAUACUAUUUAUUUUGUAUGUCCUGAACUUGUUAUAAAUUAUAUUUUACUUUGUAAGUUAUUCCAAAAGAUAAGUAACUUUUGGCAAUAUAAUUUAAUGCAUGCAGUUUAUCUAUGAGGAAAACUUGAUCUCUAUUGUACUAUCAUGACAUUGAGAACCGGUUCUGAACUAUUGUUCAACACAAGCAUUGUUUCAUAACUUCUGUGUAUUAAGUAACAUCAUUAUAAUUUUAAGAAGUUUGCCAAGUGAAUAUAUCAUCAGUGAAGAAAUAUGAACACGAAUGACAGUGUAUAUGUUUGUUUUCUUUUUUUGUAUUUUUUAUAACAAUUACUUUAUAACCAUAAGAAAUAUAUUUAAUCGCAUGAUUAUUACCAGCAAUUAGAAGAAACAUGUUAACCUUUAGAGGACUCUUUGAAUAUUGAAAUUCCAUCAAUACAAAACAAA